CUUUCGAUGUUGGUUCCAAGUCUAAAGUUGUCGGGUUUCAGCAUACCUUGCAUUGGUUUCGGAACAUAUAAGGUUUUACGUUACUCUAGAGCUACAGCUGGAUACCGACACAUUGACUGCGCCCAUUUGUAUCAGAACGAAGAAGCCAUUGGUGGUGUAUUAGAAUCCUGGAUUGAUGAUGGAAAACUCAAGCGAGAAGAUCUUUUUAUAACAUCCAAGGUACCCGACAUGGUUAAGAGCGCUUGUCUCAAGACCUUGGAGCGACUGAAACUGUCCUAUUUAGACCUCUAUCUCAUACACUGGACAAUCUUUGAUGACGUCAAAAUUGAAGUAACAUGGAAGAAUUUGGUGAAGGAUGGCUUGGUCCUUCACAUAGGGUUGUCAAACUUUAACGAAUCACAAGUUCAGCGCAUCGUCGACUGUGCUAGCAUCAAACCAGUUAUGCUACAGAUCGAAAGCAAUCCUCACUUCCCCAACCAAAAGCUGAUUGACUUUUCAAGAUCUAGAGGGAUCCUGUCCACUGGUUUUGCACCACUUGGCUCACCAUAUCUAGAAGUUAUUUGGAGUAGUCGACAGUUGCAUAGUAUGCCACAUCGCCUGAUCGACGAACCCGUAUUAACGAAAAUAGGCGAAAAAUAUGGUAAGACUACAGCUCAAGUAGCCCUCCGUCAUGGAAUCCAACGCGGUAUUUGCGUUGUGCCCAAAAGUCAAACACCAAAGAGAAUAAAGGAGAAUUUCCAGGUUUUCGACUUUGAAUUAACAGACGACGAGAUGAAGGAAAUCAACGCUCUCGGGCUGUACCAACGCCAAGUCCGCGCAAACCCGUAA